AAGAUGGCGGCUGUCGGCAAGGAGAGACGUCGCUAAGGAGCUUGCCUGAAGCGAGGGGAUUCUACCAUUUUCAGAUAACACUUUGGAAAGAACAAAUCUACCUCAAUAAAUGAAGGAGAAUAAGGAAAAUUCAAGCCCCUCAGUAACUUCCGCAAACCUGGACCACACGAAACCAUGCUGGUACUGGGAUAAGAAGGACUUGGCACACACACCCUCACAGCUCGAAGGACUCGACCCUGCCACUGAGGCCCGCUACCGCCGGGAGGGGGCACGCUUCAUCUUUGACGUGGGCACGCGUUUGGGGCUACACUAUGAUACCCUGGCAACUGGAAUAAUUUAUUUUCAUCGCUUCUACAUGUUUCAUUCCUUCAAGCAAUUCCCAAGAUAUGUGACAGGAGCCUGUUGUCUCUUUCUCGCUGGGAAAGUAGAAGAAACACCAAAAAAAUGUAAAGAUAUCAUCAAAACCGCCCGCAGUCUGUUAAAUGAUGUGCAGUUUGGCCAGUUUGGAGACGACCCAAAGGAAGAAGUGAUGGUCCUGGAGAGGAUUCUGCUGCAGACCAUCAAGUUUGAUCUGCAGGUGGAGCAUCCGUACCAGUUUCUCCUCAGAUAUGCAAAGCAGCUCAAAGGUGAUAAAAAUAAAAUUCAGAAGUUGGUUCAAAUGGCAUGGACAUUUGUAAACGACAGUCUGUGCACCACCUUGUCGCUGCAGUGGGAGCCUGAGAUCAUCGCGGUCGCGGUCAUGUACCUGGCAGGACGCCUGUGCAAGUUUGAGAUUCAGGAGUGGACUGCCAAGCCCAUGUACAGGAGGUGGUGGGAGCAGUUCGUUCAGGACGUCCCUGUUGACGUUCUGGAAGACAUCUGCCACCAGAUCCUGGACCUGUACUCGCAAGGAAAGCAGCAGAUGCCUCACCACACCCCCCACCAGCUGCAGCAGCCCCCGUCUCUCCAGCCCUCACCUCAAGUGCCACAAGUGCCACAGCCACCGCCCCCCCAGGGUCCCGACCCGCCCCCGCCCCAGCAGAAGGAUGGCCAGCCACCCGCCCAGCAACAGCAGCAGCAGGCUGCCCAGCCGCCGAAGAAGCCAUCUCCGCAGCCCAGUCCACCCAGACAGCUCAAACGGGCCGUGGUAGUGUCUCCCAAAGAAGAGAGCAAAGCAGCAGAACCACCACCACCCAAAAUCCCCAAACUCGAGACCACCCACCCACCACUGCCUCCGGCCCAUCCCCCUCCAGACCGGAAACCUCCCCUCGCAGCCACACUGGGUGAGGCCGAGCCGCAAGGCCCCGUGGACACCAGCGACCUCCCCAAAGUCCAGAUCCCCCCUGGAGAUGGGGACGAGUAUUUGGAAGUCAUGUCCGUUUACAUCAAUACGCAUACGGGGACCAACAGCAGCCUCAAGGAUGCCGGUGCCCCCCUGGAGACCACUCUGCUGGGAGAUGCCUGGGACUGGUCCCUCGGUGUCCCCGGGGCUCCAGCCCCCCGAGCAGUGCACAGAUGUCCACAGGGGACGGGUCCUGAGCCGGGCUGCCACCGGCGCCCAGGACAGUGGAGGUGGCUGGUCAGCGGCUACUCAGAUGAAGCCACCGACGCAGUGGCUCGGGUGCCAGCGGCCGUCUGGCCGCCUGGUCGGAGAAGAACAGGACCUGGGGGUGGGCCCUGGGCGGGGCUUCAGGCUGUGGGAGGGGCCUCCAGCAGUGGUGGCCCUGCAGUCAUUGUCCUGGGCCAUGUCAGCGGAUCCAGCAUGUAG